AUGGCGUCAGGACACGAUUCGGACGCAGAAGGCUUCUAUGAUGAGCUACGAGCGGCUCAUUACAGGAAGCAGCGACGGGCUGGCGGUUGGCAAGCCAUGGGUAUGUUUAUUUUUCCUUAA